GACGACAAGGCUGAAGCUCCGAAAGCGGUAUCACGCCAUCCACGCAUGAAAGCAUGAAACGCACACUCGUGGUCAGCACUCUCUUGCCCUCUUUCGAGAGAGGCCGUUCACUUACACUAUCUCUGUCUUCAACAACGUCUGAGCUGCCUCGACAAGUCCAAACGAAAGAGACAACAACAUGGCACCAAACAACCACCCCAGCACAAAUGGCUCCUCCACGCCCAAGAAAGAGCUCCUCCUCAACGCCUUCGUAAUGACGACGCCCGGCCACCUAGCCCCAGGCCAAUGGCACCACCCCCGCAACCAAACAGCAGACUACAACAAGCUCUCCUUCUGGACGUCGCUCGCCACCAAACUCGACACCGCCGGCUUCCACUGCAUGUUCAUCGCCGACACGCUAGGCGCCUACGACGUCUACAAGGGCCCCGCGAACGUGAACCCGGCGCUGAAGAGCGGUGCUCAGUUCCCUGUCAACGAUCCGCUCUAUGCUGUCCCUGCCAUGGCGGCUGUGACGAAGAAUCUCGUUUUCGGCGUGACGGCUAGCACGACGUAUGAUGCGCCGUAUGCGCUUGCGCGCCGCUUUUCGACUGUUGAUCAUUUGACCGAGGGCCGUGUGGCGUGGAAUAUUGUCACGUCGUAUUUGGAUAGCGCGGCGAGGAAUUUUGGGCUGGAUACGCAGAUUGAGCAUGAUGAGCGGUAUCGCAUUGCGGAUGAGUAUAUGGAUGUGGUGUACAAGUUGUGGGAAGGCAGUUGGUCUGAUGAUGCGGUGGUGAGAGACAAAGAGAUUGGCGUGUUUGCGCAGACCGGCAAAGUUCGAGAGAUUCACCACAAGGGAAAGUAUUUCAACGUGCCUGGGCCGCAUAUCUGCGAGCCCUCGCCGCAAAGGACGCCCUUCAUCUUUCAAGCAGGUACCAGCAAAGCGGGGACGGAGUUCGGUGCAAAGCACGCAGAGGCCGUCUUUCUUGGUGGUCAGACUCCGGAGAAAGUGCGAGCGUCCGUAGAUGCACUGCGAGAGACUGCAAAGAAGAACGGCAGGGAUCCGAGCCACAUCAAAAUGAUGGCGGGAAUGACGAUCAUCAUCGACGAGACAGACGCAAAAGCAGAACAGAAGAGGGACGAUUUCCUACGCUACGGCGACCGCGAAGGAGCCCUGGCACUGUUUGGAGGCUGGACGGGCAUUGAUCUGUCCACUUACUCGGACGACGAAGACUUCAGAUUCGUAAAGGCGCCGGCAGUGCAAUCGAUUGUCAAUCGCUGGUCAGACACCGUGCCGGGGAGCGAGGGCCUGAAAUGGAAUAAGUCUCGAAUCGCCGAAUACCUACUACUCGGUGGAGUCAUUCCGAAAGUCGUUGGUGGUCCUCAAACAGUGGUGGACGAACUGGAGAGAUGGGUGGAGGUUGGCGGGGUGGACGGCUUCAACUUGAGCCAUAUCGUCAACCCGGGCUCAUUUGACGACAUGAUUGAGUUUCUCUUGCCGGAGCUGUCGAAGCGAGGGUUGUUCAAGAAUCAAGUCGCGAAGGAGGGCGCGACUGCUCGGGAGGUGUUCUUCGGGCAGCCUCAUGUUCUGGAUGACCAUCCUGCGUUUCAAUUCAAGUGGAACGGCGAGGACAGAUAAUCACAUGGCGAUUCUCGGAGUCGUGUCGCAAUUCCGAUGAUCUCAAGUCACUCCGCUCGCUCGUGUUCGCGUAUGUCUCGUCGAUGUCUAGAU